AUGACCAUCACAAUCACCGUCGUAUUCCCCAACGACGACGAUGCCCAGUACGACAUCGACUAUUAUGUCACCAAGCACAUGCCCCUGAUCCAGGAGAGAUGGGAUGGAGCCAAGCCGUUGUACGCAUUCGGUUCGGUCGUGUACUGGGACAACCUGGAGCAGAUCAAGACGGCUUUUGGGGGCCCGGAGGUUGGGGAGAUCAUGGGCGACGUCUCCAACUUCUCAAACAAGGAGCCAAUCUUCCUCACCGGCGAGGUUUUGCAUGAAUAA